GUUCUGUUAUCAGCAUGAAGGCAAUGGUGGUGAAUUCUCAGUGCCAUUUUGAAAGAAGGUAAGCAAGAGUGAACUUUACAAAAGCUAAUUCUAUGUCUGCUGAUCCCCUGAAAGAUGACAUGUUGAACUGCCAGGAUAAGCAGGAAGAGGACACCCCAAACAGUUCCCCGUUUGACUUUGUUAUAAAACAGUUCCAAGGAAAGAGCUGUGCUCCUGAAAAAAGGAAAGAGCAGCCUUCAGCCAUCAAAAAAUUCUUCAGGGGCUUUGACUUUGGGAAAUCUGAAGGCAAGGACAGAAGGGAAAUUGAAGAAAAAGAAAUAAACAACUCUGGAGCUGAUGAUCAGAGUGAGAAGGAAGAUCUCUCUGUAGAAGAUGGACACUCACAUCUCAUUUCUGAAGCGGAGUCCCCAUCUGGUGAGCAGAGAUUUAACCAGUUCAUGCAGAAACUGGGAAAGAAACCCAACAGCAAGAAUCUUGAUCUAAAUAACUGUGCAUUAAGUGAAGAAGAUGUAACAGAGCUGGCUUCUUUACUGCCAUUUCUCUCAGAGCUGGAAGAGAUCAGCCUGUCCUGGAAUGGUUGUGUUGGUGGGACUUUGAAGGCUCUCACUGUCCAUCUUCAUCAUGUGAACCUGUUAAAAGUCCUUCGACUUAACAACUGCAGGCUGACAGCUGAGGAUGUCAUCUCCUUAGGAGAGGCAUUUGAAAUUGUUUCUCAGCUUGAAGAACUGGAUUUGUCAUGGAACAGUAACAUAGGUGGAAAACUAUCACUGCUGACAAAAAAAUUCCAGAAAGGAUGCAAGUUAAAAUGUCUGAAAAUUACAGAUUGUAACCUGACGGCAAAGGAUGGGGAAUCCCUUGCUGAAUUUCUAAAUGUGAUCCCAAACCUUGAAGUAUUAGAUCUCUCUAUCAACAAACACAUCGGCUGCAGCAUGAAGGUUAUGGCUCAGGAUCUGAAAAACGUGCCAGGCUUGAAAGAGUUAAACUUGCACAUGUGUGGAUUAAAGCAAGACAGCCUCCAGGGCUUAGACACUGCUUUGCAGCACCUCACAGAGCUGAGGAAAUUAGACAUAUCGUGUAACAGAGAGAUUGGUGGUGGCUUUAAAGACUCAACAGCUCAUCUGGCCAGCUUGAAAAAUCUGGAAGUCCUUGAUCUUCACCAGUGCUGUGUCACAGAAGAGGACAUGACCGUUUUGUCCCAGGUGAUACCUUUACUCUCCAGUCUUCAAGAGCUGAAUUUAUCCUCGAAUAAAAGUGUAGGAGUCUCAUCUGAUCCUCUUCUGGGCCGGCUCAGGUUUUUGCCAAAGCUGAAAUCUGUGGCCAUCAGCAACUGUGGUUUAGGUGAAGAGUCGCUUUCAUCACUAGCUGAGGCUGCCCUUCACCUUCCUGAACUGGAGAUAUUAGACCUUUCUUGGAAUAAGUGCGUUGGUGGGAACCUAAAGCUGCUUUUGGGAGCACUAAAGCUUGCAGCGGAGAUUCAAGUGUUAAGACUGAGCAGCUGUAACUUGGUGGCUGAAGAUUUGGCACUUCUAACAUCACUGACACAGGAUGGCCAUCUCUCCAGGUUGCAGAAGCUGGAUUUGAGUUACAAUGACAGCAUCUCUGAUGAAGGGUGGGUUGUUUUCUGUCAAGGUUUAGCAGUAUCCAAGGAACUCUCGGAGCUGGAUCUCAGCCUGCGCCCGUCGGCCUGCCGGGACUGCGGGACGUGGUUCAGUGAGUUGCUGGCAGCACUGGCACAGCUCCCUGCCCUGGCAGAGCUGGGCAUGCAGAGAUGGGUCCUUUCAGAACCCCAGAGGAAACAACUGGAAAACUUUAAUCACGACAACAAAAGAAACAUUCGCUUUGACUGUUGAUGGAGGCGGAAGGUUUCUGGGAGGCCUUUCACGAGCAGCACACGGACCAAGUGUUAUGUGUCUCUCACUUAGGAGACUACACAGUUUUUAAUAAUCUCUUGAAAUAGUUUCACAGUUAUAGAAAACUGUUAUUUAACCCUCUGCAUCAUAGAUCAUUCUAUUUAAUAACCUAUUCUUUGAGAUUCUCUGGGCCAUGCUGACGCCGCUAUAGACACUUAAUCUUCACGGUGCAGUGGGUAGUGCCCAAAGAGCAGUGCUGGACUCAGAUGGACACACUGCAGGUUUGCCAGGGAAGUGGAGGGGAUGUGUGUCAAUGCAGGUGGGUGGGCAGCGUGAAUGUGGCCUCAGAAAAUGCCUCUAAUGUGAAAAUACUUGAAACCUCUGUGUUUUAAAUUUUAUUUUCUUCUCCCCCAAAACUUUUGCCUCUUUGUGAAUAAAUUAAAUCUACAUAACUGGGAGAUUUGGAAACCAUCCCAACAACUAAACAUUAUAUAUUAGUCCAGUAAGGAGAAUACAGGAGGAGCUGUUUUGCCUCUGCUCUGGUCCUUGAUGCCAUCUUAUAGUGUAGCUGAGUCCUGUGUACAGAAUCAACAUAAAAUCAAGGUAAGAAACAGUUGUUCAGUGUCUUUGCAGGUCUCAGGGGCAAGGGAAAU